AGUUUUCCGAAGCAAACAGGUUACCCAGUAACAUUCUUCAGCAGAAGCUUCAAAGAUUCUCAUUUUUAGUAAGCCAUGGCCAGAAGACACGGAAUGAGUUCAGCAAGAAAGUUUCACAUCCAUGCUUUUCUUGUAUUGGUGAGUCAUUGACAUCUGCACAACUACUUUAAGUUUCCAUACCACAGCAAACACUUUCUGAAAUUCUCAAAAAGUUAAUUGUUCUGUCCUGAAAAGGUAAACCUGGUAUGUGUAUAUGCAAUAAUUUUGAGUCCCAUUUUUUUUUCAAUCUGAAAUCGUGGGGUAAGAACAUAUUUUAAACUGUAGAGAUUCAUAAAAAGCAACGAAAGAGAAUGAAUGAUGUCAGGUUUAAAUUGAUGUAUUUUUUAAAUACAAAACAUAUGCACUUUUUCAAUGUGGUUUCACCCCACCCCCUUUUUGGGGGGAUGGUGUCGCCCGGUGCGGUCCACACCCCCGCACCGCUCUCACUACGGCUCUAAAGUGUGUGUGUGUGAGAGUUCAUGAGUGUUACAAUUAUUAGCCACGCUUAAUUCCAGCUGAAUCCUUCCAAGAGCUUUAAUCAAAUAAGAUUUGGAGAAUCCUAGAUUGAACUCUUGCAUUAGAUGUAUGGUUUAAUGUUCCACAUAAUGAUGUGGAAAGUUCAAAGUGGCUUUUAUUUAUUUAUUUUUUUUAAAGUUGGGGAAAGCAAGAAAUUAAGCGUCGGGCCGAAUGCGAUAUCAAAACAUUUUUUUUUAAAAAUUAUCUUGAAUCUUUUUUUUUUUUUUUUAAACAGGUGUUUUCGUGUGUAGCUCUAGCUCAGUACCAGACACAAUCAUCCGCCUACCCAGCAUCCACUGGCUACCAGGGCUAUGCGCAGCCAUCAGCAGCUUACCAACCUUCCACUGGCUACCAGCCAUAUUCUCAGGCCAGCUACCCCGCCUACGGACAACAGCCUGCCUACGGAUCCUAUGGGUAUAACGCGAUGAGGCCUCUCGUGCAGUCGGAUGUGAAAAAUUGUACCGACACCGACUGUGGACAAGAUGUAAGUCUCGUACAUUAAUGAAAAAAAAAAUUCUUUAAAUGUAUACAUUAUUUUAAAAUAGUUAUUUAACCUUAACCACUUGUCUGUUUCAGCUGAUAAGGUUUCACGUCCUGUUAAAUUAGACUCAGCUUGUACAUAUUCAGACAGGUACUCUUGGCGAAAUAUAUUUACAACUACCACCCUUGUGUCUAGAUGCCCAUCCGCCACUACCCCUCCCCGGAAGCCGCAAAUAUCAAAGAACCUUCUCAGGCACAAGAAACUCAACCAUCAAUCCUACCCCCAAAGAACCUUCUCAGGCACAAGAAACUCAACCAUCAAUCCUACCCCCAAAGAACCUUCUCAGUCACAAGAAACUCAACCAUCAAUCCUACCCCUCAGACCCCAUCCAUUCCCCCCUCCCCCUCCUUCCCCCACCCCAAAAAAGGCGCCGUUCCAAAAUUACCGCACUAGCGGCUCCAGGAUAUUACUGUGGUAAACCUAGGGCCUAUCUAGGGCCUACAUGGACAUAUUUUUUUUUUUAAUGGUCAAUGAAAGACUCCUCGCACACACACACAAAAAGAAAGAAAAAAAAAAUUUUUUUCUUCAACAAAUAUAAAUAAAUGACUAUCUUAAAAGAUAGCAGGAAGAAUUACAGCUAUUUGGAACGCUGAAGAAAACUAUAAAGUCUAGAAUUUUCCAAAAGGGUGCCAACCCCUGGCAGGCUGGUCAAUAGGAUUAGUACAUAGAUGACAUAUAGUUAAUCUGGUUUCUGUUUUAAAUAAAACCGACUAUCUGCUAACCCAAUGAUAACAAAAUAAAAAAAAUUGUUCAUUAUGUCCCUUCUUUUCAGGAAUGCUGCGUGUCUACCCCCCGUGCCUCCAUCUGUGCGAAAAUGAUUUCCAUUGAUACCAGUAUUGCCAUAAGUAAAAGAGAAAAAAAUGUAAGAUUUAUAACUCUUUUUUUACGAAGGCAUAUGUUCUCCUCCCAUGUUAAUAUAACACGGUAUUAUUUUUAACAUAGUCAUUUUAUGCUGCAUAUUUUCCAUAUCAUGCAUGCUUAAUCAAUAACACAAUGUUAAUAUCACCCAAAUUUUCUAACGUGGGCCUAUUUGUAUGGGAGAUUUGAAGUAUACCACUAGAUAAAUUUGAUAUUUGUAAAAAAUAAUUAAAGUUUAAUAAACAGCAAGUCAGGAAGAUGUGCAGUUGGUGUUGCUUAAGGGGUGGGAGCGUCAAAAUAUGUUUUCGAUAAUCUCAUUUCUCAACGCAUGUGUAUUUCCUAUAAAGAGUACCAGAGUACAAAUGUUAAUAAUGUAUUUUGAAAUUAAUAUCUUAAAAAAGAAACUAAAUUCUUGAAGUUAAUUUAGUUCCUCAAUCGACGUUGUGCUCUAACAUCUUGCAUUCUCCCCCUCUUAUCAUGGUUUAACAUCUCACAGUCUCCCCUUCUUAUCAUACUCUACCAUUGCAGCAGCCCCCACGCUCUUAUCUUGCUUUAACAUCUCACAGUCUCCCCCUCUUAUCAAGCUCUAACAUCUUCCAGUCUCCCCUUCUUAUCAUGCUCUAACAUCUUCCAGUCUCCCCCUCUUAUCAUGCUUUAACAUCUUCCAGUCUCCCCCUUUUAUAAUGUAUGCUCUUAUAUCUCCCAGUCUCCACCUCUUAUCAUGCUCUAACAUCUUCUAGUCUCCCCCUUUAUCAUGCAUGCUCUAACAUCUCUUAGUCUCCUCCCCCCCUUAUCAUGCUCUAACAUCUCCCAGUCUCCCCCUCUUAUCAUGCUUUAACAUCUCCCAGUCUCCUCCUAUUAUCAUGCUCUAGGAUCCUCCAGUCUCCCCAUUUUAUCAUGCAUGCUCUAACAUCUCCCAGCCUCCCCUUUUUAUAAUGUAUGCAAAUGAAUUCCUUUGAUUAAAGUAAUGUCAUAAUUUUUUUUUUAAACUUUUAGUUUUAUAACUCUUUUUUUACUAAGGCAUAUGUUCUCCUCCCAUGUUAAUAUGCCGCAUAAAAUGAAAAUGUUAAAAAUAAUACCGUGUCAUAUUUUCCAUAUCAUGCAUGCUUAAUCAAUAACACAAUGUUAAUAUCACCCAAACUUUCUGACAUAGGCCAAUCUGUAUGGGAGAUUUGAAGAAUACCACUAGAUAAAUUUGAUAUUUAAAAAAAAAAGAAAGUUUAAUAAACAGCAAGUCAGGAAGAUGUGCAGUUGGUGUUGCUUAAGGGUUGGGGGCGUCAAAAUAUGUUUUCGAUAAUCUCAUUUCUCCACGCAUAUGUAUUUUCUAUAAAGAGUACCAGAGUACAAAUGUGUUAAUAAUGUAUUUUGAAAUUAAUAUCUUAAAAAAGAAACUAAAUUCUUAAAGUUAAUUUAGUUCAUCAAUCGACGUUGUGCUCUAACAUCUCCCAGUCUCCCCCCUCUUAUCAUGCUUUAACAUCUCGCAUUCUCCCCCUCUUAUCAUGCUUUAACAUCUCGCAUUCUCCCCCUCUUAUCAUGCUUUAACAUCUCGCAGUCUUCCCCACUAUCAUGCUUUAACAUCUCACAGUCUCCCCUUCUUAUCAUGCUUUAACAUCUCGCAGUCUUCCCACUAUCAUGCUUUAACAUCUCACAGUCUCCCUUUAUAAUCAUGCUCAAUCAUUGAAGCAGUUUCCCCCUCUUAUCAUGCUUUAACAUCUUCCUGUCUCUCCCCUGUUAUUUAGCAUACAUUACCCGUGCUUGAAUUUUAUUUGACCUAAAUUAGAAUCCUAGCAGACAGUCUGUUGUGGGCGUGGCCUAUUCGUUUGAUUAUCUUGUUUACAACCGUGUUUACCAAUUAAACAUGUUAGACUGUCUUCCUGGUAUUUUCUCGAAUGUGCUCGUUAACCCGAGAAAUGUAAACAACACGUCAUGGGUCUUUCUGGAAGGCAGGGCUUACGCGACCUAUAUAAGGGAUUGACCGGCACGAACGGAAGGAUGGAGAUUCAGAUAGGUUUUAUCAACUUCACGAGACGUGUAUUAUUCUUUGUGUUCUUAUAUAUGUGUUUAUUUCGCAUUUCAUCAUUAUUCAUUGGAUAUUAUUCUAGCUGUAUUAACUGUGUACUGGUACAAGAUCUACCAUACUGUAAGUUGAUGAUUUGUAAUGAUAUUUCUUUUCUUUUGUAAUUACAUUAAUACUUAAUAAAUCUUAUUAAUUGUAACUAGAAACUGCUUUGGGUGACGUAUCUUUAAUAUUGUUGACUAUAUGGUAACGUCCUUUGUUAGGUACUGUUUACAACGAGCCAAUUAAAAUUAAAAUAGGAGAUUAAUUUCUCCCAAUACAAGUCAGUGCAUAACACCCCCUCUUAUCAUGGUUUAACAUUUCGCAGUCUCCCCUUCUUAUCAUGCUUUACCAUUGCAGCAGUCCCCACGCUCUUAUCUUGCUUUAACAUCUCACAGUCUCCCCCUCUUAUCAAGCUCUAACAUCUUCCAGUCUCCACUUCCUAUUAUGCUCUAACAUCUUCCAGUCUCCCCCUCAUAUCAUGCUUUAAAAUCUCCCAGUCUCCCCCUAUUAUCAUGCUCUAAGAUCUUCCAGUCUCCCCUUUUAUCAUGCUUUAACCAAUCCCAGUCUCCACCUCUUAUCAUGCUCUAAGAUCCUCCAGUAUCGCCAUUUUAUCAUGCAUGCUCUAACUUCUCCCAGUCUCCCCUUUUAUCAUACAUGCUCUAACAUCUCCCAGUCUCCCCCUCUUAUCAUGCUUUAACAUCUCAAAGUCUCCCUCUGUUACCAUGCUCUAAGAUCCUCCAGUCUCCCUAUUUUAUCAUGCAUGCUCUAACAUCUCCCAGUCCCCCCCUCUUAUCAUUCUCUUACAUCUCCCAGUCUCCAGGUCAAUUAGUUUGUGCGCGCGUGAAACGCUGCGGCUCAGAUGCCGACUGUUUCAGUCCUAACGGCUGCUGUGUGUACAAUCCCUACGCCACUGCCGACGUGACCAGCCCCCCGCCACCAGACUACUACAAGUACCCGCCGAGCUCUAGACCUGGUCAGAUCGUGCCCCCGCUGGUUGGUGUCUGUCUGCCAGCAUUAAGUUUAGACAACC